GUGUGUGUGUGUGUGUAGUAGUUGGACAGCAAGAGGUACUGCUGGCUGUGGAGUGGGACUGGGCAGGCGAGAGAGAGAGAGAGAGAGCGAGAGCGAGAGUGACUCAGAGCUGGGUUUACCAUGGAGAUUUGCUGUAAUUGAGUUGCUGUCUGUGGGUCGGCAGCAUGAAGAGGUAUUACAGGCCCCACACAAGCACUUUGCAGACGGAGUCCUUUGGGCUGCCAUCGUACAACGCCUUGGCCCAGAUCCUCCCAGACUACCAGCAUGUCUUCAGGACCGGCAGGCCGGAGAAGCAGGACCAGGGAAAGACAGAUGGAGCCCAGAACAAGAAGAAAGACCCGGCUCAGAUCAACCACACCUAUGAAACCCACAGCCCUCACAAACGACCACCCCUCCCUGACUUUCAGGACGACCCCCACACUGCGGAGGUCACUGAGCACCAGGAUAAAGAGCUGGAGAACUAUCGCACAGCCAUGUGUAAGAUGGCGGAGGACAUCAUUGCCCUGCGCACACAGCUAGGUGCUUUGGAAGCGGAGAACAGUCAUCUCCGUAGCGACCUGAGCCAGCACCAGGAGGUUGGCCGCACCCUGCUACAGGAUACCGACGUGGAUGUCAUGACCAAGGCCGAGAUUGCUGACCGAAUUGCCUCCCUAAAGGUCAAGCUGGCCAGUGAGACCAACAAAGCGGCAUCACAACGAGACAAACUUCAGCAGCUUCAGAAUGAGCUAAUUAGGAAGAACGACAGUGAGAAGGAGCUGGAGAGACUGAGGAGAGCCCACCAGCAGCAGCAGGCUGUGCUGCAGCGCUACCAGAGCCACGGGGCCAAAAUGGCCGGCCUGGAGUCCACAGUGCGCCAGCAAGAGAAGGUUAUUGAGAAGAUGGAGAAGGUCCUGGACACAAAGCUUAGAGAAAGAAAUAAGGAAAAUACUGAGAGGAAGAAGCUGAAUGACAAAGAUGAGGCAGAGAGCAGAAGGAAAGAGAUUGAAUGUGUCCUGGCUGCUGAGAAUGCUCGUCUUAGAGAGGAGCUGGAGAAGAUGAGACAUCAGCCCCCUCCUGUCAUCAUCCAGCAAAAAGCACAGACUCUCCAACUCUUUGCUGACAGAGAGAAGCUCAGCUUGUUGAGUCAACUGGAGAGGGCAGAGGCCCGCAUACGCUCACUGGAGAACCAGCUGAAGGCUAACUGCAGAGAGUGGGGAAGAGAGAAGCAGGCCUUGACCACCAAACUCGCUGAGCAUGAGCAAGGUUUCACUCGCACAUCAACCAUGAUCCUCCACGACCUCCCCACGAGCAGUGUGACGGAGUCUGUGCUUGGCCGUAUCAGACACAGGCAGCUGGACCCUCUCAAAUGAGCCGCCCUGUCAUCAACACACGGACUGGUUUAGAGGCAGUUCAUCUCUGCAAUGAACCAUUCAUAAAUAAAUGCACAAGAACCAAUCAGGAGUUUAUUUCCUUCACACAUCAAACAUGCUAGUCAUUGUUUAUGGGGUUGUUUGUUUGUUUAUUUUCCAUUGAAAAUAUGGCAAUACAUUUGAAAAAUAAACGGUAAAACAUU